AUGGGGGUAGCGUAUGGAGUGUCAUGCUGUACACGAAGCUUUCUCGUGCUUCUCAACUUGGCUAUGAUGGUGGUCGCCUUGGCUGCUUUAGCUUUAGCUAUUUGGAUUCGAUGUGAUGAUUCAUUUGAGGAAUCAAUUCGUUCGAAUUUACUCGUAAGGGGAGAAGCAGAGCCAAUGGGACAACUCAAAGAAGAUAUGAGAACAUGGAUUACGGUUUCUUUUUGGGUGAUUGUCGGAUUUUGCAUAGCUUGUGCAAUUAUUGGAUUAGCCGGUUUACUUGGAGCUGCUUCUAGAUCCCGUGUCUUGGUUGCUCUUUAUUUUGUGGCGCUGUUGAUCGUGAUUCUCCUUGAAAUAGCUGUCGGAAUUUUUGUACUAGUCGAAAGGCAUAAGGUUGUACGAGAUGCAGUAAAAGAAUACGUGCAAGUCUCCUAUCAAAUGCAGCUUCGUGACGUACAAACACUCGAAUAUCGGUAUGAUUGCUGCGGAGUGGAGAAUUUUGCAAACCCUCAAUGCAAUCCUUUAUUGCCGACCUGUUCAUCAGCUGUAUGGGAUCGUCUUGAUUACACAUUGAUGGUAUUCGGCUGUUCAAUGCUUGCUGUCAUCGUUUGUCAAGUUAUCACCGCUCUUAUCGCUCUCGUUCUCGUCGGAACUCCGUCUCGUUAUGCUGAUGCA